UGCCCCUGGCAAUGAGAAAUACGCGUGUGAGAUUCCUGGAUGUUUGGUGCCAGUGAAACAGCUCCGAAACGCGGCCGGGUGGAGCAGGAUGCUCUCCAGGAUAUCCAGGCGGGACCGAGCUCGACUCGAUGGUUCGGCGCGGCCGGCGGGGCGCUCUGGGCGGCCACGCCGCACUCUAUGGUGCGAUGGGAGGAGCGGCGGGGCACGGCGGGCGGCCCCGGCCCGGCGGUCCUGAAGCCUUCGGCGAGCACCAUGUCGCCUCCGAAAGAAAAUGUCAGCUUGCUGUUCAAGCUGUACUGCCUCACGGUGAUGACCCUGGUUGCUGCCACGUACACAGUGGCACUGCGGUACACCAGGACAGUGGAGACAGAGCUCUACUUUUCAACAACAGCUGUGUGUGUCACUGAAGUUAUCAAGCUGUUCCUGAGCCUGGGCAUCCUGGCUAAAGAAGCUGGAAGUCUGACAAGAUUAAUAACAUCUUUAAAAGAAAAUGUAUUCGGAAGUCCUAAAGAAUUGCUAAAAUUAAGUGUUCCAUCUGUGGUGUACGCUCUCCAAAACAAUAUGGCAUUCGUGGCUCUUAGCAACUUGGAUGCUGCAGUCUACCAGGUGACAUACCAGUUGAAGAUCCCUUGCACAGCUUUAUGUACAGUCCUGAUGCUGAGCCGUACCCUCAGUAAGUUGCAGUGGUUCUCUGUCUUCAUGCUGUGUGGUGGUGUUACCCUUGUUCAGUGGGAGCCUGCUCAGGCUACAAAAGUACAGGUGGAGCAGAACCCAUGGCUAGGGUUUGGAGCGAUUGCUGUGGCAGUGUUUUGUUCAGGAUUUGCAGGAGUUUAUUUUGAAAAGGUGUUAAAGAGUUCAGAUACUUCCUUGUGGGUGAGGAACAUUCAGCUGUACUUAUCUGGGAUUGUGGUGAAUUUAUGUGUUGUGUACAUGUCAGAUGGAGCCAAAGUUCUUGAGAAAGGGUUUUUCUAUGGCUACACAUACUACGUCUGGUUUGUUGUCUUUCUGGCCAGCGUGGGUGGCCUCUACACCUCGGUGGUUGUUAAGUACACAGAUAACAUAAUGAAAGGCUUUUCUGCAGCGGCAGCCAUUGUUCUCUCUACUGUGGCAUCAGUCAUCCUCUUUGGCCUCCAGAUAACUGUUACCUUCUCCCUGGGUGCUCUCCUGGUGUGCAUUUCUAUUUACCUCUAUGGAUUACCUCGGCAAGACACCACAAAAAUCCAGCCCUCAGAGACUAAAACCUCUAAAGAGAGACUUGCUACUGUGUGAUGUCCAUAAAAAUGGACAAGAGAAAAAACAGACUUUAAAAAAACUACUUUUUUUUUUUCAAAAUUAGCCUUAAGCUAGUCAUGAAAUGGUUUAAGUGGGAUAGACUAAAAGCAGAAAUUAUUUCUGUUUUACAUGUGGAGUUUCCAGUGGCUGACACUGAGGCUACACUGCAGCUGAGGAGCUGGCUGGGUAUUUUAUGGCAGGUAUUCUUCAUUCACAUCGACAAUGAAGAGUCUCAUUUACAAGGAAAACCCAAUGAAGGAACUGAUCACUCAAUUGUAUAUAAUGUAUAUAAUGGAGGGAAAUUGGUUCUUUGUGUAUUUGAUAAACUGUCUUGCUCUUUGAGGGCAGAAAUGCCUGAAAAGCUUCAUAAAAAAAACUAUUAAAAAAAGCAA